AUGUUUGCCAACUUCGAACUCUACUCAGGGGGCUGGGUAAGCUCUGAUCACACGCCCAAACGGCGACGCUCGCGAGGGGGAUGUAUACCAUGCCGUCAGCGACGCAAGAAAUGUGACGAGACACGCCCUAUCUGUGGCAGUUGCUUCACACGCCAGGCUCAUUGUCGCUGGAGCAACAUUCACACAGAAUCGGAACAUGCAUCGAGCCCUCAUGAAGUGGGCAUUCAAGCAUGUGCGUCUCAAAGCUUUGCUGACUCUCGCUCUCCCAGCUGCGACGCAGGGAGCUUCACCUCGGGUGCUGAAAGCCUACGCCUUUCUCAAGACACCGCUCCGUUGCAACUCUCUAGCCUCAGCCCCUCAACCGUCUUCACAGAAUGCGCCAAAGGCCUUCCACCGUGUUCCUUGGUGGACUUGUUACAGGUGUUUGACCAAGCUACGUCAGGUCACGAUUUCGGCCACGAAUAUUCAUUUCUUACCCAAGGCUUCUCGUCCCUAUCAAGAUCCCGAAGCAUGCUCCACGCCUGGCUUUCGUGCUCAGCUAUCCUCAUCUCACAGUUCCAGCCGGGUUGGCGCACACAUGCACUCGGGCAAUAUACAAAAGCCAUACGAGAACUCCGUAUUAACAUCCGAAAGGGGUUCAAUGCUCAGGACGAGUCCAACUUGGCUACGGUGCUCAUAAUGCACGUCUUUGGCAGAUUUGGAAACUUCGGCAAUAAUUCAACUACAGCACAUCUGGCAGCGGCAGCCAAAUUCCAUUCAGUCAUCAACCGACCACCAUCAAGCUCUCAUCAGGCGUUGAUGCUGGAAGCCUUCAUAUACCAGAUUGCGAUCAACAGCACAUUUCGCCCAAGCUGCUUGCCCAACUACCAAGAUCUCUCGAGAAUAAUUGAUCUGUGGUCCAGCUCCUCGGCGGUACAGGAGAUUGCGGGUGGUGAUUACUUUAUAAAAGCUGGUCUGUCGGCUUGGCUCCCCGUAUGGACUUUUGACAUUAUCUUCAAGGCAUCUCAUCUCCUCCAUUACCGGAAGGACAUGUCUUCAAAUGACAUCCAGACCAAGCUGCAUGAGUUGCAGACGCGGCUCAACAACCUCCAACAAGAAGUUUCAGCUAUUACAUCUGCAUACAACGGACAUAGCCGAGUCUCGCCCAACGAUAAGCCGAUGUUCCAUAGGAGUGGAACAGCGAUCGAUGGAGAAACGAACAACCUUUCAGACCCCACGUCGUCUUUUCCUCGCGCCAGUCUAACCAGCGAGGGAUUUCAUAUGCGAGAGCUCUACUUUCUCGCAACCAAUCUUCUAAUCGCAAAACUUGUCUGCCCAACAAUCACAGCCGACGAUGCAAGCAUCGUGUUCAUUUUCAAGGCGUCAUUACUCCAUCUCCGCCUCGUUCGGUCGAACUUACCAUGCCUCCUGUGGGCAAUUGCCGUUCUUGGCAUUGCAGCAACUUCAACCGAGGAUAAGUCUGUGAUAGUUGCACAUCUCGAAGCCAUGCGCCACUUUGCGGGGGAAAGGGCGAUAUCGUCAGUCCUCAAUUUCCUCUCUUCUGCAUGGGGAGGUGUAUGCUUCUCGACCUCGACUAUGGACGCGGAUUCAGCACACAGAUUCAGCGCUUCAUCUGGGAAGAUUAAACAAAUGAGCAGGUCUCAGGAAGAAAGAUGUCUGUUAGUUGAGCCACUGGGGUUGGAUGUGUUAUUUGAUGAUUCCCUUUUAGAGCUGGUGAUUCUCUAAGAAUAGGGUGCUUUUGAUCAGUGGUAUAUCAACAAAGACUCCUGAUAUUCUCGUACUCUGUAACUUGAAUAUCAGGGAGUUUGAAGCACAAAAAUAUUAUAAAUCGUAUUCUUAUCCAGCUCCUCAUGGAGGAGGCACC